UGGAAUAAAACAGGGUGGUCAGAGAAGAGUACACAGAUGUCAGUAAAACUAAUAAUUGAAAAAUUUAGUUUGUUAUCAAGUUUGAAUUAAACUGUAGAAAACUGCAAAAAAUUUCAUGCUGAGACAAUGAGGAUGACGUUUAAAGUCUUCAUCUGCCUAAUGACAGUGAGUGUGAGUUUGUUGCCUGUGAUGGGAAAUAAAGGAGGACCUGACAACUUCAAUUGUGAAAACACACCAGAGAACAUCACCGCACUUCCAGGAGGUUCUGUAACCAUCACCUGCAAGUAUCCAAGAGCAAAAGAAAGCCACAUCAAAUCGUUCUACAAGGUGGAUGGAAAUGAUCAAAUAUCAUCCCACUCGUCACUUUACACAAAACUAGGCAGGUUUUCUCUGACAGACGAUAAACAGAAAGGAGUCUACACAGUGAAUAUUUCCUCACUGACCAAGGACGACACCGGAAAAUAUCGGUGUGCUUUGAAACAUGUUGAAGACAACUCCCCUACAUGUUUGAUGGAGAUCCACCUCCAUGUCUGGAACUGGGAUGACAUUAAACGAGUGGAAAACAUCAGUCAUGUUAUCUCAGAGACUGCACAGAUUAAAUGCCACUAUCCUGAAAGCCACAAGGGUAAUGAAAAAUUCCUGUGCAAAGGGGAGAAUCCUUUAAACUGUGAGAAGAUAAUACAAACAACAGAGGAAGACAGAGACGUAGUUAGAGACAGGUUUGAUAUCAGGGAUAAUAAAAGAAUAAAAUACUUCUACAUGUACAUUAAUGAUCUGAACGAAGCCGACUCUGGAACAUACUGGUGUGGCUCCGGAAGAACGAUGCAGCCUGAUGACUACACCAAAGUACAUCUGUCUGUGGGUGAGUAUUCUAAUGUGCUACUGCAGAUAGAACACAUAUUAGUCAGGAACUCACAACAGGCUUCAGUCUCUAACCCUCUGCUUUUUCACCCCCUCACAUCAGUAAAAGGCAAAAAAUCCAAGAAGUCACACCCGCCACAUCUGCAGGGAAAAACAACAGAACCAGGACCGACAACAAUCAAACAUGAACCCAGACAGAAAAAUGGAAACAUCCUAGGUGUGAUUAUUGGCGUCAGUGUGUCUCUGGUAUUGCUAGUGGUGGCUGUGGUUCUACUGAUACUGUAUGGAUGCAAACUCCUCAGAGCACAAGGCGAGGGGCGGACAUUUGGAGAUAAUGAAGAUCACAACUACGAAGAGGUACAUUUGGAGAGUCAGGUGGAUUGCUCACCGGUGACUCUUUAUGCGACUGUCAAUCUUCCUGAAGACCUGCUCCAAUACUCCAGCGUCACUUUCCAGAAGGACAAAAGCUCACAAUCUGACACAAAUAUAAACGGCACAGCUCCGGGUGCCACCAAUCCUUCAGCAGCAGAGUAAAUUCUCUAUUCUACAAUAAGAGAGUUCAACGAGGAAUAAUAACAUGAUCAGUUCUGUGUAUUUGUAGGAGAUUCUAUUUGUGUGUGUGUGUGUGUGUGUGUGUGUGUGUGUGUGUGUGUGUGUGUGUGUGUGUGUGUGUGUGUGUGUGUGUGUAUAAAUACUGGGAAGAGCUUUGAAUAAAUUUACAACAAAAUCUUUUGUUUGGUACAAUGUAGAGUUUACUAUUUGCUAAGUUAAUAUCUAGUGUGGUUGUAUAGCUCAUAAUAUCAAUGCAAACGUGCUCAAAAUAAAAUACUUAACAUCCUGUUUAGCAAUCUAUUACUCACUUAAGUCAGUCAUUCUCAGUAAAAAUGGACUUGCUAUAUAUAGGUUUGUUUCUCUGCUUGAGUCAUGACAAAAGGAACACACACAAAAUAAUCACUGUAAAGGAAC